AUGAUGCAGACAUUGAGCAGGAUACAGAGAGGUUUUGAUACUCGGGAUACAGAGUAUUCGGGUGCUCGAUUAGCAUGGGAAAGUGUCUCAUGGACGCUGCAACAGGGUAACCGGGUUGCUCUGCCGCCACGACGUCAAAAACGCUCAUGGGCUGACGACCUUUUGAAUGCUUUCGGUCAGGUGCCCUGCUACGAGUCACCGAUAAUUGGAAGACAUUAA